AUGUGGCCGAGUUUGGCGGAGACGGUCAAACGGCACCUGGUGCUCAACAGCGUGCGCUUCGACUGUCCCAUCUGCUUCACAGCCGUGCCGCCAAACGCGGGGGUGGUGCUCAAGCAAUGUCUGCACGCUUACUGUCGCUCGUGUCUGACCAGCGUGUUGGACAACAGUGACACGGAGCCGGUGCCCUGCCCGUGCACGAGUUCCGAUUACGCGUGUGAGGGCUGGCUGCUGCAGGAGGAGGUCCGGGAGCUGCUCGGCGCGGCGGGAUUCGCGCGCUACCUGGACCGCGCGCUGGCGCAGUCCACCAAGCGCCGCUCGGACCGACAGAUGUGGCCGAAGCUGCAGGCUGCGGGCCAGCAGGACUUGGCUCCCAACGCCGACGCCUUCGACUGCUCCAUCUGCUUUUGCGAGUGCCUGGCUGACCUGGUCAAGCACUGCGAGGCGCCCGAAGUGAAAUGCCCGUUCGUCAGUGCCGAGUACAGCUGCCAGAGUACGCUGACCGAGAAGGAGAUCCGGGCGCUGGUCGCGGACGUGUAUGAGCGGCACCUGGCGCGCUCGCUGAACCAGGCGGAGGGCAACACGGCCAACUCCUUCCACUGCCGGACGCCCAGCUGCGCCGGCUGGUGCGAGCUGGAAGACACCGUCAACGCCUUUUGCUGUCCCGUCUGUUCGUGCGUCAAUUGCAUCACGUGCCGUGCGAUCCACGAGGGCUCCGACUGCCGCCAGUAUCAGGCUCGUCUGGCCGAGGACGCGCUACACAACGAGGAGGCGCGCAAGACGCAGGAGUACCUGAAGCAGAUGGUGGCACGCCGCGAGGCCAUUCACUGCCCAGUAUGCGCUGUCAUCCUGAUGAAGAAGGACGGCUGCGAUUGGGUCGUGUGCUCGGCCUGCCGCAACGAGGUCUGCUGGGUGACGGGCAAGGCGCGCUGGGGCCGGCGCGGCCGCGGUGACAUCUCGGGCGGCUGUCGGUGCCGCGUCGGUGGCAAGCUGUGUCACCCCAACUGUAAUAACUGUCACUGA